UAACAAGUGACAAGCAGCAGCAGCCAUGGUUAAGAAGCUCGCCCUCGCCUCCCUCUUCUUCACCAGCGGCAGUGUGGACGCCACCGCUGGGAGCCUGUCGUCUCCUCCGUCCAUAUCAGCAGCGUCCUCCGGCAGCAUGGCCGCCUCGUGGCAAUGGCCCUCCUGCGUGCAGGCCAGGACGACGUCCUUCGACGGCCGCAGCAGCGUGGAGGCGGAGGCUUCGUCCUCUUCGGCUCGCCGGGACUGCUGCAGGACGACUCGCGUGAUCACGAACCCGGCCUACUGCGACAGCGACGACGACACGGCCAACAGCUCUUUCCUCUCCGCCACGGUCUCGUCCUCGGCUUCCACCGCGGCGCUAGAGCCGGAGCCCUCGCGGGCGCGCGAGGCCGAGGAGGCGGUCAUCCGCGAGAUCCGAGCGUCGAGCCGGCUCUUCUUCGAGCCCGAGGCGACGAAAUCCAUCGUGACGACGGGCAAGCCGGACGCGGAUCAGGCGGCGUUCGGUGGGGCGACGGCGCUGGCCAUCGACUCCGCGGACCCGUACGGCGACUUCCGGCGGUCCAUGGAGGAGAUGGUGCUGAGCCGCAGCGGCGGCAGCUGCGAGGACGACUGGGGGUGGCUGGAAGAGAUGCUGGGGUGGUACCUCCACGCCAACGGCAAGAAGACCCACGGCCUCAUCGUCGGCGCCUUCGUGGACCUGCUCGUCGGGCUCUCCGCCGUCAACUAUAAGCAGAGCGGCCAGUGCUAGCUGGCGAGCAAGCAUCAUCAUCGUCUACGUACCAUGCGAGCGCGUAAUGCGAUUGCUUACGGAAGAAACAUUGCCAUGCCAUUGGUGGCAUCAGCUUGAUUUGGCGAGAGGUGCAGGGUGUGUUAUGUUUGUUGAGAGCACGCAUGCAUAUCUGUACUAUACUUGAUUGAAUUAUAUGUAGAUGUUGAUAGGGGAAAUACACUUUGGUUCCUAGUUGUA